CAGAAUUCCAAGGUAUUCCUGGGGAAGAGGGAGGAGAAGGGGUCUAUGCUUCACAAAGGUAACAAACUACAUCUGUCACGGUCUUCCACAUCACUGUUCCGCAUUUCCGGACUGGACCUAGUGGUGUGGCAGUCUUUACCUGGCACUAGUUUCUGGCAACUGGGUUGAUGAAAGGGUGUUAGGUAGUGACCAGGGGCUGUGUGAAUAACUUCCUCAAACUUUGGCGAGGUGAUUGACCGACGGCUGGAACACCGCGGUCUUGCAGAUGAAGAGCAGUCGCCCGCGGAAACUUUUUAGGCCUUUUAUAUGGUAACUGAUUCUACCGGUUGUAUCAUGACGCGGCUUCAUUCGCUGGUGAAGCGACUUUGCUGCGCUAGCCACAUUUCUUCACUUUGCGGUUGACGUUCGCAAGGCACAUUUCCUCACCAUCAGGAGGUGAUAGAGGUACCCCCACAUUUCUAUGGCGGUUACCUGUGCGACAAUCUUAUGAGUUUGUGCGACAAUCUUAUGAGUUUGUGCGACAAUCUUAUGAGUUUGCGCAAACAGAUGAGCUUGCUCAGGUUUCCCAGUUGUUUCACAGCCUCUUCGUUGAAUACUGGGCGGCUGGAGGGGGGCUCAGCUGGUUACACUGUGGGCCUUGAAAACGUAUCAGCAUUUGGUUUGGUUUCAAAUUUUAUAACUUUAGACGUUGACUCGGGACUAUUUGGUUUCAACUUCAACACCUAAAGAAUUUUUCGACUUGAUAGCCACGCGGUGGACGUCAUGUCUGGAUACGCUCAAUAGCACCGGGGGAUAGCUUCUAGCUGGUUAUUGUCACUGUCAAGAAGCAUUCAGAUCAGGAAAACAAGGCCGUUGAACUUGAGCGUGCUCACGUAACGAUUCAACGCAAGGCGGGGGGGAGUGAGGAAAUCGUCUCCUGAGUGUAUUUGGCGUCUGCCAGCUUCAUUUGUGCCCAUUUGCGUGAAUCGGGGCAUGAAUAAGGUUCAAACUGGAGUUUGAGAACUGUCUCUGUGCUUCAAAGUGUGGAGUUUCUGGUUGGAUGUGCAGUGCUUGAUUUUUCAAGCGAUUUGCUUCGCCUAUUUCGAUACCCAUUCGAAGCUGAGCCUCUGGGCAAGUUAGACAUUCCAGCAUUCGUUUUUUCGGCAUUUAUCGGAAUCAGGUCCUUUGAACUCCGGUGUGGGAGAAGUUUGUUACGUCGCGGGAUACCCAGGCUUUUAGAAUUAUAACAGGAUUGGAGCGUAAUCGUUUAGAAGCAAGUGGGCGGCACUAAUGGAAGGAUCGAACAUGAAGCAGAUGUUAUUCAGACGAGAUAGAUUUUUAGGAGUGGUGUUCUUUUGUCUCACCGCCGCAUUUUUCGGUUACGCCGAUGCCGCUCUCAACCCAACUGACUUAAGUACGCUGAACGCAUUAGCAAGUCAUUGGAGCGGGAACUCGCUGCAAUGGGGUUCUGGAGAUCCGUGUACGAAUGGGUGGACGGGCGUCAUUUGCGAUCCCACCAACACAAAAGUCACGCAACUGUUACUGAGCAGCGCCUCUGUUAUCGGGACCAUUCCCGCAGUAAUUGGAUCUUUUACAGCUCUGGAACAAUUGGAUUUGUCAUACAACCCACAAUUGACGGGACCCAUACCUCCUGAGAUCGGACAGCUGACCACGCUAACUAGUUUGAUUAUUCAAUCUUGUUCUUUGACUGGAGACAUCCCUUCCACGUUGGGUAAUCUGAAGAAUCUGACAUUUUUAGCCUUGAAUAACAACCAGCUGACUGGCCCCAUUCCCUCAUCGCUUGGUGCUCUUGUCCAUGUUUAUUGGUUCGACUUGAGCACCAAUCAGAUGUCGGGCGACUUGCCCGUGUCUUCUAAGAGUCCAGAUGGAUUCGGUUUGGACACCAUGUCAGGCUGUAAGCAUUUUCACCUCAACAAUAAUUCUUUCACAGGCCCAAUUCCUCCCGAACUCGGUGCACCACCAGGAGGAGUAGUAAAAUUGACGAAACUAGUCCACUUGCUUUUCGAAAGUAACAUGAUGAGUGGAACUAUUCCGGAUUCUAUUGCGAAUUUGACGUCAUUAGAGAUUUUGAGUCUAUCCAACAACCAGUUCUCAGGCUCAAUCCCAGCCAGUCUGAAUAGGUUUGCCACAGCCACAGGCUCCAACUUACAGCAACUGCUGGUAUCGAACAACAAGCUCACUGGAAUCAUUCCCAACUUGACCGCCAUAACUUCCAAUUUGUCGGUUAUUGAUUUGAGCAAAAACUCGUUUGAUCCGCAACCUUUUCCUUCAUGGCUAGAUGGUGCACCGAAACUUCAAAGCGUGUACUUGGUGGACAGCCACCUCACAGGGCAACUGCCUUCGGAAAUUCUAUCUAGUGGAAUGUUACAAGCAUUGUGGGCACGGAACAACUCCUUGAACGGAACGUUGAGGAUUCCCUCAACUCUUGGACCCAAUCUGAGGGUUAUUUCACUCCAAGAUAACAAGAUAGAUAGUAUUAUUCAGCUGAACAAUUCUGUCAACACGAGUGAAAUCGACAUUCAAUUAGCCGGCAAUCCACUCUGUGAUCCAAGCAGCUUAGCGAGGCCAGCGAGAGUAUGUGAUAACGUUCAGGGUGGAUUAAUGCCCUGGACUUCUCCCUUACAACCAAGCAGCAAUUGCAACUCAGGAAGCUGUAGCGACAGCCAAAUAAUUAAUCCUCUCAACUCCGGCAACUGCAAUUGCACUACACCUUUGGAAAUUGUCUUGGAAGCCCGUCGGCCUACAUUCUCCGUCAUAACGGAUGAAAUGAUCGAGAGACUACGCCUGCAAAUGCAAACGCAGCUGAAUUUGCUGCCCAACCAGGUGUGGAUCCACUCGGCGUCUUUCACCCCCGACGGACGCGCAGAGAUUGACAUCGACUUUUUCAACGCUGAUGGGGUUUCAGCGUUGGACCGGUCAAGCAUCCAGAACAUCACCCACAGCUUGACAAGCCAGACGCUCGUUCUUCCAGACGUAAAGCCUUACAUUGCUAAGUUGAUAACGAGCGGUGAACCUGUUGUUAGUUCAAAAGUAGCACUCUCAGCAGGGGCUAUUGCCGGAAUAGUUGUGGGUGUUUUGGCUUUGUUGGCCAUGGCUGGGCUGUAUGCCUUCUGGCAAAAGCGCAGAGCUGAGAGAUUGAAGCACAUCACGCAGCCUUUUAAAUCGUGGGGAGGAGGCGGCGGAGAAAAGGACGUCGAGGCACCCAAGAUAGCGGGAGCAAGAUGGUUCUCUUACGCCGAAGUCAAGAAGGUUACCAACAAUUUCGCUGAGGCGAAUGUGCUUGGCGAGGGAGGUUAUGGCAAGGUGUAUUCUGGUGUUUUGGCAUCUGGGGAGCUUGUGGCUGUGAAGAGAGCGCAAGAGGGCUCUAUGCAAGGAGCCGAGGAGUUCAAAAAUGAGAUUGAACUGCUCUCUAGAGUCCACCACAAGAAUCUGGUCGGUCUGGUUGGAUACUGCUAUGAUCAAGGUGAACAGAUGCUCGUUUACGAGUUCAUGGAGAAUGGUACAAUGCGUGAAUGGCUUUCCGGGAAGAUGGCAUAUCCCUUGGACUGGACCAAACGUUUGUCCAUCGCUGUAGGAUCAGCAAGAGGUUUGACCUAUUUGCAUGAGAUGGCCAACCCGCCGAUUAUCCAUCGUGAUAUUAAGUCGGCUAACAUCUUGCUAGAUGGCAACCACGUCGCGAAGGUGGCAGACUUUGGGCUUUCUAAAUUAGCACCGGAGGGAGCGGACAAGAAGAUUGCCACCACUCAAGUGAAAGGAACAAUGGGCUAUCUCGAUCCCGAGUACUACAUGACGCAGCAUCUCUCGGAUAAGAGCGACGUCUACGCUUUCGGUGUGGUUCUCUUGGAACUACUGACAUCUCGCGCACCAAUCGAACACGGCAAGUACAUCGUGCGUGAAGUCCGAACUGCCUUAGACAAAGGCGGCAUGGAUGCUCUCGAACCUUUGCUGGAUCCCUGUGUGCUCGAGGCCUCUCGAGAAGACCUGAAGAAAUUCCUUGACCUAGCACUCGACUGCGUGGAAGAAAGGGGUGCGGAUCGCCCUACAAUGAACGAGGUUGUGAAAGAGCUCGAAGCCAUCGCUCAACGCAACAAACCUAAGGCCAAAGCCAGUGCUCUUGCCACAGAUACAACCUGGUUAAACGAUGUGUAUGGCGAUGACGCGCAGUAUGGAGAGACCGAAAACUUCGACAAGAUGCCCAAUUCUUCAUCAAACUUCAAGUAUAGCGGGGGCUACACGCCACGAAUGCCUGAACCCAAGUAAGAUAAAGUAGCUCCGAGUGCCAGCUCGAUGGAGCUCCUUGUCUCAUUAAGUACAACAUCCGUUUCAAAAGAGGUUUGUUUGUACGGUGUUUUCUUUUUACAUUUUUUAGGGUUAGGGUUUAGAGUUGGAGCAUCGAGGCAUCCCGCUGGAAGUCUUAUCUCUCUUCACACAAGGAUGUUUAAUCGAAGCUUUUCGCAGAAUUGUCCGCAAAAUUUAGUGAAGACGAAUGGACAGGUGGGCUUCAGUUGCUGUGUAACAGAAUGGUUAGGUACAUCACUGUUUGUGAUUAGUGUUUUUAACACUUUCCUUCCAUGUCAUGUUUUGCUCGACACAAUUGUCAAAUCUAGGUUUUUUUCGUUUUUCAUUUA